AUGCCAUUGAGGAAGGGACCGUAUGCAAUUAGGAAAUUAGAGAGAGAUCAUUUUGUCAAUAUACGACAAUCCUUCGAUUCUUUCACUACGAUUCAACCCGUAAAACGUACUAGUUCUCGACCCCCCAAAUCCAACUUGUGUGUCUUGCAAUUCGCUAUAUGGACCCGAGUUCAAUUAUCUAGGGUAAUGUCGCGUAUUCAACAAGUAUAUAAAGAAAGCCAGUGA